UUUGUAAGGUUGCAGGUGAAUGGGAUUGAGGAAUCUAGAUGGCUAGAAGGAGUGGGUCUUAUCGGUGUUCUUAUCUAAAAAUGCGACCCACCAGUACAAGAAUACAAAAGAGAAACUCAGCCACAAAUCGGAAACCUUGACUAGCCCCUUCCGACCCUUGCCUGGAAUAAAAUCUAGCCACAAAAAGCCCCCCACCAAUUUUUCCGUAGUGUCGCUUCUUCUCCACCAUAGGGUUUUUGCGCACAACCAAAAAUUCCCUGACCUUCAAUUACAUCGCAAAGUGUCAAUCAGCCUGCCGAUUUCUCAACCACCACGCCUUAUCCACCAGUUCAACAUCUUGUCACCAUAAACAACCGCCAAGAUGCUGAUUCCGAAGGCUGACCGCAAGAAGAUCCACGAGUACCUCUUCCGCGAGGGUGUACUCGUCGCGAAGAAGGACUUCAACCUUCCCAAGCACCCCGACAUCGACACCAAGAACCUCUUCGUUGUCAAGGCCCUCCAGUCCCUUAACUCCCGCGGCUACGUCAAGACUCAGUUUUCCUGGCAAUACUACUACUACACCCUCACCCCCGAGGGUCUCGACUACCUCCGAGAAUGGCUUCACCUCCCCGCCGAGAUCGUUCCUGCCACACACAUCAAGCAACAACGAUCGCACGCUCCUCCCCGAGGCAUGAUGGGUGAGGGUGAGCGCGAACGACGACCGUUCGGCCGUGGCCGUGGUGGUGACCGUGGCGACCGUGGAGAUCGUGGUGACCGUGAGGGUGGAUACCGAAGACGUGAUGCUGGUGAGGGUAAGGAGGGCGGUGCCCCUGGUGAAUUCAACCCCCAAUUCCGUGGUGGAUUCGGUCGUGGCCGUGGUGCUCCCCCUUCGUAAGGGAAGUUACUACUACUCUAAGGAAAAUCCCUUCGAUACACACAUGAUUACCGGGCAUGGACAUGUACUCUAGGGAAUGGAGCACCUGCAUAGUCUCGCCUCUACUCGCGUGAUAGAAACUCGUGGGAGGAAUCUCGGAUGCACGGUUGGGAGUUAUUAGGAGGCCAAAUCCUCGGAAGUCAUCAAUGAAUUAUGGACAUGCUUUUGCCGUGAAAGAAAACAUCUUUUUAUUUCCUAAAAUGAGGCUACUGGCUCGGUGAAACAAGUUAAUCGACGAAAAGAUACCUACUUAUUGGGGCAUUGUUCUUGUGACCGGUACGACGAAAGGCUCUGGCGUGCUAAUAUGAGGAAUAGUGUUUCUCGCUGUCUAGAAAGCAUUCCGAUAGGAUUUUCGAGCAGAUCCGAUCACGCGUAUUUGGCCAACCUCCAUCAUAGCAAGUCCUAUCAUUUUAAGUGAGUAAUCCAUAGGGAUAGGGAGAUAUACGCGUAGGUGGCUUUGCAGGAUGUACAUAUGCAAACUCGCUCAUCGCUCCUACCCACUUCCGCACGCCGAGGAUAUCCGCCGGCUUCAGGUUUCACCAAUUAAAUUUACGAAACCGCGGUCAACUUAAUUGUACUUGGGACUUUUUAUUGUUAA